AUGGAACAUGUUGGCUUUCACUACGAUCCUGACUGCGACUACAGCCUGCAUGGUGCCAUUGGACCAAUGGAUAUUAUUUGUACGCAUUGCAAUGCAGCGAAGUUUCGAGGAGAAACAGCUGGCAUGUGCUGCUCCAGUGGCAAAGUGAAACUGCCUGCAUUGGAACCGCCACCAGAACCAUUACAUUCCUUGCUCACUGGGGAAUCGCCGACGUCUAAGCAUUUCUUGCAGAACAUACAAGCAUACAAUUCAUGCUUUCAAAUGACUUCUUUUGGUGCCACAAAGAUCAUUAGAGAUUCAUUUAUGCCGACGUUCAAGAUUAAGGGGCAAAUAUACCAUCGAGCAGGCUCGCUCAUACCAUUUGCCGACGCCGACUAUCAAUUUUUGCAAAUAUUUUUCAUCGGUAAUGAAAAUGGCCAACUAAAUCAACGAUGUAACAUUGCAACCGGCACAAGGCGAGAAAUCGUACUAAAUUUGCAAAGAUUUCUCAAUGAACACAAUGAAUUAAUUCGAUUGUUCAAAAUCGCAUUGGACCGCAUGCCGUCUGAUAACCAUCGAAUCGUCAUCAGAGCAGACAAAAUGCCGAUGGGGCAGCAUGCCAGACGAUUCAACGCACCAACAAUUGAUGAGGUGGCAAUUGUCAUUGUUUGCGAACAGUUUGAAUCGCGAGAUAUUGUGCUGCACCGUAGAAACGAACAACUUCAGCGUGUUUCCGAGCUACACCGUAGUUAUGAUGCAUUACAGUAUCCGAUAUUAUUCUGGAGAGGUGAUGACGGCUAUCACAUCAAUAUGCGAUUGAUAAAUCCAACUACUGGCCAAGAAACAUCGAAAAAACUCAGUGCGAUGAACUUCUAUUCAUGCAGAAUAAUGAUUCGUCCGCAAGAAGACAACUACAUCCUGAAAUGUCGCAAGCUUUUCAAUCAGUAUUUGGUUGACAUGUAUGCGAAGAUCGAGACAGAACGUCUCAACUUUAUUCGAUUCAACCAAGCGCAAUUGCGUUCUGAAGAGUACAUCCAUUUGAGAGAUGCCGUAAUGAAUGAUGCAAAUGUGAAUAGCAUUGGACGUCUAACAAUAUUGCCAGCCACAUACAUCGGCAGUCCGCGCCAUAUGCACGAGUAUGCGCAAGAUGCGAUGUCGUAUGUGCGCCAUUACGGCAGACCGGAUCUGUUCAUAACGUUCACGUGCAAUCCGAAGUGGAAUGACAUCAAAUGCCAUUUGUUCCCCGGUCAAUCAACAACUGAUCGUCACGACUUAACAGCACGUGUAUUCAGGGAAAAGCAAAACGCAAUGAUGGAUUUAAUUGUGAAACUUCGUGUUUUUGGAGAAGUUAGAUGCUGGAUGUACUCGAUCGAAUGGCAGAAAAGAGGAUUACCGCAUGCACACAUCUUGAUUUGGUUAGUUCGAAAAAUACGACCAGAUCAGAUUGAUAAAGUCAUCUCAGCGGAAAUUCCAGAUGAAGAAAUCGACCCACAAUUGUUCGACGUUGUAACAAAAAACAUGAUCCACGGCCCUUGCGGCGCCAUUAAUCCAACGGCACCAUUCAUGAUUGACAAUAAGUGUUCAAAGCGCUAUCCUAGAGCUUUAGUUGAUGAUACAAUCACUGGAAAUGACGGAUAUCCAUUAUAUCGGCGUCGAUCCGCUGAAGAUGGCGGUAAUUCAACGGUCAUAAAAGUUCGGAAUCAAGACGUUGAUGUUGAUAAUCGUUGGGUCGUGCCGUAUUCACCAUUGUUGUCAAAAAUUUUCGAAGCGCACAUCAAUGUAGAAUAUUGCAACUCUGUCAAAUCGAUCAAAUACAUCUGCAAAUACGUAAAUAAGGGAAGUGAUAUGGCAGUUUUCGGAGUGGCUGAUUAUCAGAGCAUCGAUGAAAUUCAGCAAUACCAAAUGGGCCGUUAUAUAAGCAGCAACGAAGUGCGAGAUGUGAAUGAAUGUCCGUUGUCGGACCAUAUUGCAGCUUUGCCACUUAUAUCUGUGAUCUAA